AUGAACAGUCAUGCCGGGGUUGAAGCCAGUAUCUAUCGAAAAAGCUUAGGGGAUGGAGAGUAUAUUGUUAGUGAAGUGAAAAGAGUGCUGGAGCAACAACUUGAAGCAGAUAAAGAGAAGGGCUUUGAAAACUUAUCUAGAAUGCAACGGAAAGCAAUCAGAAAAUUAAAAGAGGAUGAAGAUAUUAUCGUGAUCCCGGCAGAUAAAGGAGGCAAAGUAGUCGUAAUGAAUGUGACUGACUAUAUCAAGAAAAUACGAGAAAAACUAGAUACAAAAGUUUAUAUGCAGUUAGAAGAAGAUCCGUCUGAAUUUAUACAUAAAAAGCUAGAAGUGCUAUUAUCUGAAUUGGUGGGUAAAAACGAGAUUGCUGAGGAUGAAAUGGAGAUGUUACUAGUGAAUAAGAAAAUACCAUUUAUGCGAGGACAGUUAAAAGUUCACAAAGCAGAUAAACCAAUGCGCUUAAUUGUAUCGAUGAGAGAUACAAUGGGAUCAACACUGGCUAAACACAUCACAAAUACAUUAUUAUGGUAAAUAAUUGCUGUUUUAUUAGUGCAUUGUUUGGCACUAGUAGUAAUACAUUGUUUUGUUUAUUCCAGGUAAAAUUGAAAAUGCUAUUCCAUUAAAAUAUCCACCUCUUCCGAAUGAAUUAGCUCAGAAAAUAAACGAACAAGUGAAAACAAAUCGUCCGAAUGACGUUUAUUUAACAAUGAUCAGUAAUGGGGAAGCGGUGCUCACUCACGUUAACAAAACCUACGUUCGUAAUCGACGAAGUCAAGAAUUGAAAAAGUUAAUAUUAACUCAUGAUGAAUUAUAUAAUAUUUAUUUAAUGGAAUUCGAAAGCGACACAUUCAUUCGACGUGUUCUAUAUAUUUCAUUGCUUAUCGAUAGACAUUUUUAAAUGUCUGGUUCUACAAACGAAAUUGGAGCAUGUCUGGAAAUUCUUCUGUAAAGCCUCUUUUGAAAGCAGUUUCAUUAUCAGUUAUUAUAUACAUUUAUUAUUUGCCAUUGGACAAAGACGACGAAAUAGUUGAAUUAAUUCUAGAUGGCUCAUUCGUUGCUUAGUAUCAUGAAGAAGAUACAUCAAUAUAAAUAUCGACAUAUUUUGAAAGAGUGGAUGACGAAAGACGAGGGAACUAAAAGCCAAAAUGUAGCAUAAAAAAUCAACGGACAGCAACUUCACGAAAUGGUAAGUUCUGUUCAAGAUUAUUUCGUUGCGAUUGAUACAACACACAAUGUAGCAGGUAAUGAUCAACACUUUCAAUGUCACCACAGGUACCAAGAUUAGUGAGACUAAGUUUUUUAGUAUACAAGUUUGCAUUUAGUGGUGGAAAAUCCAC